UCUCCGGUGACAAAAAACCCCAGUGGCGUUACCUCCCCUGACUUAUUGAUCGCCUCACCGGCCAGGUAUGGUAAAGUCGCCUCAUUUGGCGCUGGUUUCUUCACACUAACAGACGAGUUCGGGCCGUUGAUGUUGAGUUAAAUUUGUUGUGUUAAUCGUAGGUUGUUAUUUCUUCUGGAUAAUAUUGGCUGUUGUCAAGGAGGAGUGAUAUACAUCGUCCUAUAGCUUGUUAAGCAGUGAGAGAAAUUACAUAGAGGUGCUACAUAGAGAGGUGCUACAUAGAGAGGUGCUACAUCAACUACUCAGCCCAACACAUUGAGGACAAGAUUUAAGACAUCAUAGUGUUCUAGAGGCAGUGCUGGUGCUACAUCAACUCUACUCACCCCAACAAAUUGAGGACCAGACCUAAAGUUCCACUCUAGCAGCCAAAGUCCAGCAGCCAAAGUCCAGCAGCCAAAGUCCAGCAGCCAGUGCAUAAAGAGCGGAAUGAAUCGCAGAUUUAUCCCAAUCAACGGUGGUAGAAUCAUUGCAGGUCAUUAUAUGGAGGACACUUCUUUUGUACUGGACAACAAGAGCAAGAUCAAAAUGGAGAAAGCUUAUUUCUGUGGGGAGAUAAUCAAUGUGCCGCAAGCCCAGGCCCAGGCCGCUGACGUAGAGAGGGAUGGGCCGGUGUUUAAAGAAUACUGUGAGAGGUUCUUUGAGGCUCGGCCCCUGGACAACGACAGAGCCGGGACCUACAUCACUCGGCUGAAGAGGCUGUUCCGCAGGUGGAUGGAGACUUCAAGAGUCCAGCACAACUGCCACAGGAUGAUGGAGAUAAUUGUCAGGGACAAGUUCCUCAGCACCAUCAACGACGACCUGCGGAUGUUGGUCAUGCUGCGGAUGCCGGAGACCCUGGACGAGCUGGAGCAGCUGAGUGAGGAGUACCAUGCCCAGAUGCCUGGGGCCAAGCUGUGCAAGGCUGAGCCUGUGGAGGAUGUUGAUGAUGAGGAUAAGGAAAAUAUUAAUCUCAAGCCGUAGACAAGCCUAGCUAGUUUUUCAUAAAUGUAAAGUUUUUUGUUUUUUUUCUUCUAAA